AUGCGACCAGUUGUAUUCUUCCUCACCAUAGGCCUAUCCGCUGCGGCCGACAUCGACACCGAGGGUCUGCCCAACACCGGCCUCGAUACGUCCAGCUGGACGACAGGCACCGCACCACCAAUUGACGACCUCGUCAAUCUGCACGACAUCCAGAUCGCCGCGAAAAACACUCUCUCAGCUGCGAACUACGCCUACUACCGCACAGCUGCCUUGGACGAAGUGACCUAUCAGAACAAUCUCUUCGCGUGGAACAAGAUCCGUCUGAAUGGAUUCAGCUUUACAGACGUCUCAGAUGUGAAUCUCAAGACGACAAUCCUGGGCUAUGAAUUCGAUGCGCCAUUCUUCAUAGCUCCAGCGGCCAAGGCAGGACGAGCGGAUGACGGCGCGGAAGGAAAUCUUGUGGGGGCGGCAAAUGCUGCAGGCAUUCUGUACAUCCCCUCCAUAUCUUCAACGCAGUCCAUUGAAGAGAUCGCCGCGGCCGCUGGAGACGACCAGGUCAUGUUUCACCAGGAGUAUGUCUGGUCGAACAAGACUCGUUUGCAGGAUGAGUUGACCCGGAUCGAAGACACCGGAUUCAAAGCGUUGGUCCUGACAGUCGAUAAUACCGGUAUCCAGGGUAUUCGCAAUUGGCAGGAGAGAUACUCCUCCAGCAACGACAAUGGCCAUGACGCUACCUUCACCAUUCAAUCGCUGAGCGAGUUGCAAAAUAUGACCAGCUUGCCAAUCGUUCCCAAAGGUGUCAAGACAGCUCACGAUGUCAAGCUCUGCGCUGACCUUGGCUUUCCCGCUGUGUACAUCUCCAACCACGGCGGUCGAGUUGUCGAUCUAGCACCCACAGCUGUCGAGAUCCUACUCGAUGUCCACCGCUUGUAUCCAGAAGUCUUUAACCAGAUCGAGAUCUGGGCAGAUGGAGGUGUUCGACGAGCGACACAUGUGCUGACACUGCUGGCUCUCGGGGCUCGUGCGAUCAAUACCCGCCAGGUUGAAUUGGACUAUUUCGGUGCUCCACUGAGCGGAGAGACGAGCAGUACGCCAUAUUACGUUUCAGCCAGCACUUAUACGUAG